GUGAAUCCAUUUUGCUCUCACCACUACCCCGCGUGUCCGUCUGUGACGUAGGCAGACGGAAAGUCUCAUAAUCCGGAGCUCGCGCACAGACACGAGCCGCUGACAGCAGAUGCAAAUCGCAAAAACUUCUCAGGCAUCUCAGGCUUUUUUUUUUUUUCCUUCUUCUCCUUGUGAAUGGGACUCUGGUGUCUCGUGGUAUUUAGGCACGUUGCAGAUGGACAGUUUUAUGAAUGAUUGAUUUUUUCUUGUUCAGGACUUCUCAUGUUAAAAAACUUGGGGAAGAAACAGGGGCAGCAGCGGCCGCCGCUGGACGGACUCUGAUAAGGGAUUAUUAUUUUCUUUUCCGUUUUUUUUCCUGCAAAUAAUAAACUGGAUCUUUGUCAGAGCAGUCAGAUAGGGUCGAGUCUCUCCUCCCGUGCGCACCGCGGCUACCUGGCGAGAUUUGGAUUAAGCCUGAUGAACCGGGGGUAAAUAAUCCACGGGACGAAAAGAAGCGACUCAUUGUCUCGCUGUGGGAUCUUUUUUUUUUUUUUUUCCUCCACUUCUAAAAGGCUGAAGACGAUAUGAUGUCUCUCCGGGGAUACUUUGUCGCUUUUUCCAAAUGCACAGUUCUUCUCUCUCUGAGGAUUGUGCUUCUUCUGCCUGCAGGGUUGCCGGUCCGCAGCCAAGGGGAUUCUCAAUCCGACAACAAAGUGAUGGACAAUAUCACCGUCCGACAAGGAGAGACGGUCUUCCUCAGGUGUGCACAGGGGGACGUUGUCACGCACACAGCGUGGCUAAACCGGUCGAGUAUACUGUAUGCCGGAGAAGACAAAUGGUCGGUGGAUCCCAGAGUGAGUCUGGUGACCCUUAAUCAAGAGGAGUUUACCAUCAAGAUUGAAAAUGUGGACAUGACAGACGAGGGGCAGUAUGUGUGCGCAGUCCAGACGAGCAGGCGACCGAGAACCACCUCAGUGCACAUCCUCGUCCAAGUACCGCCGAAAAUCAUCAACCUGUCGAGAGAUAUUGUGGUAAACGAAGGCGCCAACGUCACCCUGAUGUGCCAAGCCAGCGGUAAACCGGAGCCUUCCAUCAGCUGGAAAGUCAUCUCUGCUUCAGGGGACCUGGCAUCAGACGACGAGUACCUGGAAAUCCCAUCUAUCUCCAGACAGAGAGCAGGGACGUACGAAUGCACAGCUGUCAACGAUAUCGACACAGACGUCCAGACUGUAGACAUCACCGUUAACUAUGCUCCGACCGUGUCAGAGGGCAGAGAUGUCGGAGUGACUCUGGGCCAGACAGGAGAGCUGGAGUGUGAAGCUGAUGCAGUGCCUGAGGCAGAUUUCGAAUGGUAUAAAGAUGACAGAAGGAUCUUUAACGGCUUCGACAGCAUAGAGAUUGUGAGCACCGGAUCGCUGUCGAGGUUGACGUUUUUCAACGUGUCUGACGGAGAUUACGGCAACUACACUUGUGUCGCCAUCAACAAACUCGGGAGCGCAAACACAAACUUCCUCCUGUAUGUGGUAAUUGAACCCACUAGCUCAACGCUAUUGCAAGGACCGAGAGCAGUUCAAGACGGCAGCGGCGGCGCGAUGGGAGUGCACUCGCAUACCUGUCUCCUGUUCUUAGUGAUUCUGCCUUUCCUGCUCAGAUUUUGAAGAGGGAUGGAUUUGAACACAAGUAUUUUGUGUGUGUGUGUGCGUGUGUGUGUGUGUGUGUGUGUGUGUGUGCGCGUGAUUUAUUUUCUGUUUGUUUUUCAACUGGAACCAUAAACUGAUGCACAGUGAGUGCAUGAAGUAUCCUGCUACAUAAUGAUGUUGACCCACUAAAUAAGUACGUAACAAACGUUUUGUUUUUUUUAGAUUUGAAGGAUGUAACAAAUAUUUCACACUUUAAUUGAAUUAUGUUGAAUAUUUUUCUCUCUAAAUUAUAUUAUUCUGGAUUGUCUCUUUAUGUAAAUGUCUCGGGAAAAGAAAACAAAAACAAUAUUUUGUUUGAAAUGUGGUGUCUCUUAUUCAGAUUGAUUUGUAUUAAUUUUUAACUGCAUUGCAUAUUCAUCUCAACUCCAGGAAAAGGCAAAUUUACAGCAAGUAUGAGAGGUGAAUGUUGAAUACCUCAAAGUCAAACCGAGACAGUGAAGCAGAAGGAAUUUAGGUUACCCUGAGGCUGAACGCCUGCUAUUAUCAUAUAUGUAUAAUAAUUAUCAUUCAGUCUGGUUGUGGAAAAGCAAUUGUUUUUGACCUUCAAGUAUUUUUGUUCUCACAAUUAUAGUGAUAUACUUGCAGUUGUGUUAUGCUAAUCUUUAUUUUUCCAAUUAUUUUUUAGUUUCUUUUUUGAAAAAAUGAAAAUAUGAAGUUGUAAUUAUUUAGAACAAAUAUCCUAGUUUUAUGUCUUUGUUGUCUUUUUUUCUUUUUUCUUUUACCAGUACAGUUGUACACAAAAAUGGUGUCAAGAAUUAUUAUAAUUCAGUAGUUAAAAAUGGAACUCCACUUGUGUGGAGUCAACGUCUGACUUUAAUUAAUGAAAAUUAAUGCUGUUGCUACUUUGAAUAUCACGCCAUACACAACAGUUAUUUCAGAAAAUGUUCCCGCCCAUGCUCCGAACCAGUGCUCACUAAAGUCACGUUCAUAGAAAAUAAACUUUUUGCAUGUAUUUAGACACCAGUAACCCAAAGACUUAGAAGUUUAUACAGCACCGUACUUAUACAUACACAGGAGUUUCUUUUGUUCCGUAGUCUCAGCACCGAACAAAUCACAGUGACACAUGUUCCAUAGUGUUGUCUUUUCACAAACACGAGGAGGGUGAACAUGUUGUGUUUUGAUGUGGGUUUAAAAUGGGGGUAAUUUGGAAAAAUAAAAGAUCUAAAUUCAUCGAUACCUUUAAACCAAAAUGUACAGUAUGCGAUUUCUGACUGUGAAAUGCUCAUCCGAACACGACAUCCCCAGCUCUUGUUGAAAAGAAAAGAAUUGCAGGCAUAUUGCCAAAUUGUAAUAACUAAAAAUGAGCAGAGGUCCGAGCAAAAGAACAAAAAAACAAAAAAAAAAGACAGGAUAUGUGCAAAAACAAGAAGAUCAUAUCUCUGUUUUAUUCUCGAGAAGAGAUCACCGCCGGCGUUUUGAGAGGCAGCAAGCAAAAAGUUGUGAGUGCGAGGAUUUUAUGCAACAAUCACAAACCUCUCACAACACGGCAGCAAGAAUUAAAGCCGGUAAUUUACCUUAUUCACGUCUCACGUUGGCAAACAAUUCACACAGACUGCCUGCCGGUCCGCACUCAGGUUCCCGCCGGCCCGUAGUGUUAAGAGCAAGUAAGAUUUGAAGUUCUGGGUUUUGUAACGUGGAAGGGAAUUUUUAGACGUUCUUGCAAAAUGCAUCAGUGUUUGUGUCUGCACACACGAGCAUCUCUUGGUUUCUUGGUUUCUACGAUAAGUGCGCUCCACAUCAGUGGAUUGUGUGCAGCUCGAAUGGAUUUGUAGGAUUCUGUGGAAACAUCAGACAGGAACAGUGAGUUAAAACAAAUGAGUGUGCGCGUGCCUGUUUAGCGGUAGGGCAAUGAUGCGCUUCUUAUGAGCCCACAGCUCUGAUCGAGUGUGUUUUCACAUAUGGUUAUUUUUAAAUUAUUGCAAGCUCACUCGACACUGAGCUGGCCCCCAAAGGGAGAAGAGCGACAGAAGCAAUGAUCUCUGCUAUGUUCGGGUUCAUCUUUUCCUCUCUUAAAAGAAAAUUCAGAUCUCUUCCCCUGGCUCGCCUCAGCUCUAGCAAGGUCGUAGUCCAUCAUCAUCCAGGUGCACCUCAAUUUUUCUUUUGAACUCAGUUCCUUUGUGGACCUUGGGGAUAACACAGUGUGAAAAAGAGCCAAUAUCCAAAUGAAAACAGCAUGAAACAGAUAGGGCCAUUAUUGAAAUUGAUCAGGGUAAUCAUGAGCUGAAUCUGACAGGCUAAUCAUGGUUUGUUUUCACACACAAGACAAAGAGAGGGAGAGAGAGACAAAGAGAGACAGACACCGCAGACUAUUAUUCAUCUCCAGCACAGUGAUGUUUGGAAAUUACACGGUAAUUAUUCCAUCCUGGCUUCAAGGAUGACACCACUGAUCUCACGUCUGUUUUCGCACAGUCAAGAUUAACCACAUUUAAGACGAACUGAAGUCAGAUCACCUCCCAAGGAGGUCUGUGCUGGGGGAUCCCUUCAGAAGGGGUUUGAGUGUGUGUGUGUGUGUAGGUGUGUGUGUGUUGUCAAUAUGCACAAACAAUCACAGCCUCACUGCUGCGAGUUCACUCCAAAGGUUGAAAAAUGUGAAAACAACUCCCGCAAUAGUUUGCCUGGAAAUAUCAGUCAACAAAAACACACACACACACCUCACGUCUUCUCUUUCUCUCUCACACACACACACACACACACACACACACACGACACAGAUUCCAGUGAGGUAAGGCAGUGUGUUGUAUAUCUCUGCCUAUAUUUCUUUUGUAGAACAGCCAAGCACACAUUGUAAAAACUGAUUCAUUUAUGUUAUUUUGUUUUUUUUUACUACCUCUGAGCAAUUCAGCAAUUCGUCCAAUUAUUUACCGGCAAUUACCACCUUAAAGUAAGACUUAGAUCUGGUCAUAGAUGUGUAUUUGUGUGCACUGUAAUGACAAUGUAAGUGAGGCUCAUUAACAGGAACCCUUGAUAUACCGCGCUGCUCUGUCGUCAGUAGUGUUUCUCUGGGAGUAUCACGGCGCUCCGCAGUUUGUUAAAAAAAGUGCAGACAGCUGAAUGUUUGCAGUUUAUUGCUUUGUCCUUAAUAAUUGUGAAUAUAUAUCUAUUUCUUUCUCUCUUUUUUUAAUCAUGUCAGAUACAGUAUAAUUUUUCAAGUCAAGCACACUAUUACUGAGGACAAACCCAUGUAAGCACUUACCUUUAGAAUAUAGACAGAUCUGUACAAACCAGCAGGGCUGCUGUCCAAAUAUAAAACAUGAGGGAAUGAACAUGAAUGCGUUUUUUCACUUGUACCAGAGGUAACGAGGUGGCUGUAUUUUCCCCUCCAAUAAUCCAGCUAAUAAUUGCAAUGCCAAAUGGUCACUAAGGCAGCGAUUCAGAGUUGAGGCUGCGCUGAGCAGACUUCAAACCAAAACUGUGUGUAUUCAUAUUCUGACAUCAUUAUGAGGAGCCGUGCUAGCUGUCAAUAUAAAAAAAAAAAAACAUUGUUUAUUACUUCUGGACACGAACAAAACGAUGUAAACUGCAAACAACGCUCAGCUGAAGAGGCAACACAGAAGCCAUGAUCUGAAGAUGAGAGAUUCUCCAGUGGAGGUGGAAAACAGUCAGCACCUGUCAGAUCACUGUUGGAAAUCCCACUAGAUCAUCUUCCUAAAGUUUUGGCCUUGGUCUGAGCCACAUGCCGCUAACAGAAAGGCAUCAUCUUCAUUUCCUUGUUCUUAAAUCCCCGCUGCUCCAAAUGUGUAACAAGAGAAGGCAUGUGGAGGAUGUGCUCCUGUGCAGGCCGCUUCUUUCAAGGUUUAAUUUGAAGUGUUUUCUGACCUGAGGCCUUUUUACAUUACUUAGCGCCGGUAUUCUCAGUGCAGUAUGGGCGCCGCUAGCCUCAAGGUUAGACAAGCUGGCUUGCAGAGCAGUUAAAUAAACACAAUCACAUUACAUUUAGUGAGGCUGUGUGAUGGUUUGUGUUGCGCAACACAGCUAUUUGCCAUGUUAUGGCUCAUUUAGUUGAGAAGACUCUAAUAAGCUCUCAGUUGGCCCUCAUACUGUCCUGUUGUUAACUGGACUCAUCCUGCAUUGUAACCCUGAAGGGUAUAUACUGUAAAUCGCACCCGGUGUGAUGACUGCAGCUCUUUUCUAAACGCAGUAACAUCCUGUUUAUGCAACAUCCAGGGAGUUAAAUAAAGUUAAAAAUGAACAUUGAUUGUUUCUCGCCACACUGCACGCUUCCAACAGCUGCAUAUAACAUGCAUCGCAGUCAGGCAAACAAUGCACAGCAGGAGGUGACACGCCAAUUUCAAUGGGACUAACUUCUAUAAUUGAAAAUAAGUCCCCGUCUCUCAGACAGUAGGGAGUUGUACUACACUUUCUUCCUGCACGGCAUUAAAAAAGUCAGUCUGUACUGUCUUAUUAGAGCAAAUGCAAAUGCAAACUCCCACCAAGCAUGACUUUUAAAAACGAUAUGCAAGACACACUGCAAAGUCCCAUUCAAGCCAAACUUAUAAUGAUAAAACUUAGCAACCCAGGGAGAGGAUCUUGGAAAUACACUAGUAAAAUAUUUCUGAUCCACCCCCAAAGUUCAGCAAGGAAAUUGCUCUGAGAAGGCCUGAAUACACAGAACUUUUUUUCUUUCCGACUCCAGUCAGCCAAUUCUGAAUCACGGCCCAUGAAGGCUUAUAUUUUGGCAGUAGCCCUGCAUAUUUAUGUUGAUAUGACCAAUUCCAUUGUCUGUUUGCUGCAUAAGGAUUGCAGGACUCAUUCUCUCUCUCAGCCCGAGCAAACAUUGGCCCAUUUGGAACAUGGGGCUGAGUUGAAGGAGAGAAGGGAAAAAAAAAAAUGAAAAAAUAUGUGUGUAAUUUCUUUUCUUUCUCACCAUAUGUGCAAGGCAGGACGCCAGUCUUUAAGGAAAAUUUGAUACCAUUUAAGAACAAUGACUGAGCUUGUUUUGCACCUACCAGAUAGUACUAUUAAUUUUAGGUGUUUUGUGACAUUCGUGUGAUUUGCAUCGGAGUCUAGAAGAGAUCAUUUUUCGGAUGUGAGA